UAUGGUAUUAUCAAAACAAGUCGUCUCUUGGCCAGAGGGCGGAAAAUGGGUCGAUCAGUGUGAAGCGCGGGCGUGCAGGGAAAUUUUGUGCCUGGGAUUGCCUGGGCAGAGGGACAGAGGGUACGGGAGGAUGGCCUGUGGAACACAAGGGAAGUGGGUAUUUGGAGUCAAGUCGCUAACGAAGGGUUAUGGUAGGCUGAAGGUUGGACCAGGAGGCGUUUGUGAAUCCGAGGGCCUACGCGAAAGCUGCAAGCCAGGUGGAGAUAGUGGAGGGCCAAGGCUGCGACAUGCUUGCUCGAUGCUUUGCGUCGUUGGGUCAUGACGGCUUUAGCCUGGUGAAG